CUUAGAUUCAUUGAGUGUAAUGUUUAUAACAGCAGUCGUGUGUUUUCAGGAGAGAGCUUGCAGUAAAUCUCGUGGUUGGAUCAGGAACACCUCGUUCUCCUGGUGAAGGACGUCCUUGUCUUUCCUAUCAGCAUGAAGCAGGAACAUCAGGAUCUGAUCCUCCAGGCCACGUCUGCGGAGCGUCUGCGUCUCGGCCGUAAGAUCCAGACGCUGUGGAGCGGUUACGGUCAGAUCCUGCGUGUCCACCUGCAGGGCUGCGAGCGCACCUCGGUCGUCGUCAAGCACGUCAUGUUUCCUGCCGGGUCCCGUCACAGCGACGUCUCUCACCGCCGCAAGGUCCGGUCCUAUCAGGUGGAGACACACUGGUACAAAAACUACAGCACCAACGAGCGCUGCCGUAUCCCAGAAUGCCUUGCGGCGCAGUCUUUCGGUGAAGAGCAGCUGAUGGUGCUGGAGGAUCUGGACGCCGCCGGGUUCCCGGACAGGAGGACGAGCGUGAGGGACGGCGAGAUUAAAGCGUGUCUGCGCUGGCUGGCUAACUUCCACGGACUGUUCCUGGGUGUUCCUGCAGGCGGUCUGUGGCCCGUGGGGACGUACUGGCACUUAGAGACGCGUCCUGAUGAGCUGGAGGCCAUGACGGACCUGAAGCUGAAAGCGGCCGCUGCGGAGAUCGACGCCGUCCUGAACAACUGCCGCUUUCAAACCAUCGUACACGGAGACGCCAAACUGGCCAACUUCUGCUUCUCUGCAGACGGCUCCCGCGUGGCCGCAGUGGACUUUCAGUAUGUGGGCGGCGGCUGUGGCAUGAAGGACGUCAUCUACCUCCUGGGGAGCUGCCUGGACGAGCGCCAGUGUGAGAAAAGAGCUUCUGGUUAUGUGGACUUUUAUUUCUCUGAGCUGAAAGGUGCAGUGCCAGAGAAGGAGAAGAAGAACUUUAGUGAGCUGGAGGACGAGUGGAGACGCAUGUUCGCCUUCGCAUGGACCGACUUCCACCGCUUUCUCCUCGGCUGGAUGCCUGGACACCACAAGAUCACCCGCUACAGCAAGCAGCUAGCGCAGGAAGUGCUGAAGACGCUGUCUGAGAGAUCAGACGGUGUGAAGCAUUAGACUCGCCUCAGACUCGCACCAGACUCACAUUAGACUCAUGUUAGACUCUCACCAGACGCUCACCAGACUCUUCUCAUGUGCACACCAGACUCGCAUCAGUCUCAACCAGACUGACCUGGAACUCACAUCAGACUCUCUCACUGAUCAAACUCUACUAUUCCACUGUGCAUUCUUAUUGAGAGUGUGCGUGAGGGGCGUGGUCUACAAUCAGCUGUUAGAAUGCCUUUACUCCAUGCUGCUCUUUAAUAAUAAUCAACACUUUAUUAAAUUGUGUGUGAGUGAGAGAGAGAGAGAGAGACAGUAAAAUCAUGAGCUGACGAUGAUGUUGAGGUGCAGAACAGAUGACCCUCAGGGUUCUCCCUCAGCCGGUUCUCCCUCAGCGCGGUUCUCCCUCAGCCGGUUCUCCCUCAGCGCGGUUCUCUUCUGACUCUCGUGCUUCAGGUCUCUUUGAUGGAGUCUGAUGAGGACAGAAGUGGGCGUGGCUUUCUCACGCAGCCGGUGUCUCCGUGAGCUCAGGGUUGCAGGUGAGCUCGAGUCUCACGCAGCUCUGCGGCUCCACAGCAGUAACGAGGAGUGUGUGUGUGUGUGUGUGUGUGUGUGUGUGUGUGUGUGUGUGUGUGUGUGAGCGAAAAGGAGUGUAUAUCACCAAGACGUCCACGUACCACUGCAACCCGAGAACAAAUCAGACUUAACACACCUUCACAAGUCCUCAGCGCGUCACUGCAGGAGCUUUGUAUAUGUAUAUAUGUGUGUGUGUGUGUGUGUGUGUGUAAGUAACGUGAGAGUGAAACUGGAUUAAACGUCCUGCAGUGUGAAAUAAAGCUGUUAAGAGUCUCAGCUCACCUCUAACCCAAUGUUCCACACAGGGAAAAACACAAAUCUAUACACACACACACACACACACACACACACACACCUCCAGGUUGUGGGAAACUUUUGAGUCAGAAACACACACUAUGAUACACACAAACACGUUAUCCACACUACAAUUUAAGGUGUGUGUGUGUGUGUGUGUGUAGACCUGCCAGAUGUAAUAUUUGUGUAUUUAAAUGUUUUAUUUUUAACGGUAUUUUGAUAUUUAUUUCAGUUAUUUGUGCCACACUGUAAAACAUAAAUACAGAUUAUGAUUAUUAUUAUUAUGAUAAUAACAGUGUGGUGUACAGGGGUUUUGAGGCUGGACAGUAAUGGUGUUAGUGAUUAGUGUAAUGAGGAAUGUUUAAAGUUUCAAUGUUCAGAAGAUUUUUUCACAAACCAACAGCAUUACACACACUGAUUUUGUGUGUCUAUGUGAGUGUGUGUGUGUGUGUGUGGGGGGGGG